AAGGGGCAAAAGCAAAGCCAACAAAACAUAAGAUAUGGUAAUGUAAACGGCACAAACACCUCUCUCUCUCUCUCUCUUCCCUUCUCAGUCUAUUACGCCGCCGACACCGUAACGGUUCUUCGAGCCUUUCGUCGGUGCGGUUCUCCUGCGGCGGCGAUCUCCGAACUGUCCGGCGAUUCGAGUUUUCUGUUAACUCUCUCACUGCUCAGUGCCUUCUUUCAAUCCGCUGAUUCCGUUCAAAUUUCAAAUUAGUCUUCGAGCGGUACGCAAAAGAUGAUAGGAUCCUUUCUUACCAGAACACUUGUGAUGGCUCUUGGCUAUGCUUAUCCAGCUUAUGAGUGCUACAAAACCGUUGAAAAGAAUAAGCCGGAGAUUGAACAGCUUCGCUUUUGGUGCCAGUAUUGGAUUUUGGUGGCUGUUUUGACUGUAUGUGAGAGAGUUGGUGAUGCUUUUGUUUCCUGGGUUCCCAUGUAUAGCGAAGCUAAGUUGCUCUUCAUUAUAUAUCUGUGGUUUCCGAAAACAAAGGGAACGACCUAUGUGUAUGAUUCCUUCUUUAGACCAUAUCUUGCAAAGCAUGAAAAUGAAAUUGAUAGGAACUUGUUGGAACUAAAAACUAGAGCUGGUGACAUGGCCAUUGUGUAUUGGCAAAGAGCUGCAAGCUAUGGUCAGACGAGAAUAUUUGAUAUUUUGCAGUAUGUUGCUGCACAAUCGACACCAAGGCCUCGCCCUGCUCAGCCACAACAAGGUGUUAGGCGCCAACCCACCACACCACCUCCAAAUCGCCAGCCAGCUGCAACUACGCAAUCACAACCCGAGGAACCGCCAUCUCCCACUUCCAGUACUUCUUCAAGCAAGGACCAAAAGGAGAUAGUGGAAGCCUUAGCACCAUCACCAAAGCCUAAACCUGCCCCUCAAACGGCAGGUUCAAUUACUCAAAAAGCCACAGCAACAGCAGCUGCAUCUGAAUCAUCUAGCCAAACCACCCCAACUGAAGAGGCUGCACCAACGCAGACUGACGCAGCGCCAUCCUCUUCGGCAACUGAAGAGACAAAUCCUCCCCCGAAAGAGACGGUCAUGGAGGAAACCAUUCGGGUCACACGUGGAAAGUUGAGGAAAGCACGCUCCGCAGGAAACCGUUGAAAUUUCACAUUUUUAGAUUUGCGUAGGUGGACAAUGACGGCUCUUUGAAUUGUUGCUGUAACCGUGAUGUAAAUUUGGCAUCCUCUGCUUUCUAUUUCAUUCGUUUUUUGGUC